AUGGCGCGUCAUACACCUUUACCUAGUUUUCUUCUUGAUACUGAUUGUAUUACUGAACAUACUAUCACAGAUUUACAGACCGCUUCAACAACACCAAAUAUACCUCAACUUUAUCAACAACAACAACAAUCACCAUUACAAUCGCAAAGAUUUCAAGUUCGUUUUCGUCGUUCAGCUUGUUCAAAUUUACAAAGUACAACGAUACAUGAGGGACGUAUCUAUAAUGAAAAUAAUCGUCGAGCAAGUCUAUUUUUCGAUCAAUCAUCUCAACAAAGAGUUGAUAUUAAAAAACUAACGACAUUUGAUGAAGAACCAGAUGAAUCUGACUAUAUUAGAUUAUGUCGACAAAGAUGUCAAUCACUUUAUGGAUCAUUACCACAUUCAACGACAGUAUCAGCACCAAUAUCUUCAAUAAUUUUAACCGAACAUACUUGUAUAAUAAGUGAUAAUGAUGAUGAUAAUGAAGAUGAUGAACAAGAUGAAGAUGAGGAUGAACGAUGUUUUGAAACCUUAGGAAAGAAUGAUUUUCGUCAUUCAUUACCUGAUACUUCACCAGCUGGUUUAGCAAUACGUAAUUUUCUUAAACGUAAUAAAUCAUCAAGUAAUAAUAAUAAUAAUAAUAACAAUAUCCGUCAUCAUCGUCGACUCGGUUUACCAUCAAAUUCUUCUCAGUCAUUAUGUUCAUCGAGAUCAUCUUCUUCAUCUCUUUUGACAUCAUCUCCUUCACCACUAUCAACAUUCCGUAAUUUUCUUUCUCUAGUUAAACUACCAUCAUCAUCAUCAUCAUCCUCAACAACAACAACAACAACAGCAGCAUCAGGAACAACAACAAAAUCAAUCAUUUCAACAACAACAUCAUCAUCAUCAACAUCAAUAACACCACAUCAUUCAAGUUUAACUACGCUAACGAGUGCUACUGGUGGAUCAUCAACUACACUUGAUCAAACAAUAUCAACAUCCAAUACAUCGAAAAAACGUUCAACAACUAGUAUAGAUGCUCAAUUUCAAUGGCAUUUUGAUGCCGAUAAAUCACAAUGGUCAUCAUCCGAUGGUACAAGCACAAUUACUCUUGGUCCAAUUGAAUUGCAUAAUUUAACAUAUGCUGAACAUAAACAAUUAAAACGUCUUAUUUUACAACGUUUACAAUCAUCACAAUAUGAUCUUGGUGUUCCUAUACAUGUGCCAAAAGAAGAACCUGUUAGAAAACGAAAACAUCAUUUUAUGUUUCGUAGUAAAUCAAGUGAUAAAUCAAAAGAAGCAAGAGAAGCUAAGUCAAAUGGAAAUGUUUUUGGUGUUGCUCUAUCUCAAUGUGUAAUUGAUGAUGAUUUUCAUUUUCAAGAUGAUACAAAUGCAACAUCACCAUCGAGUAUUCCGACAGCAAGCGGAAAUAAUCGAAAAGAUAGUACUGAUAUGGUUGUAAUAACAACAAGUGAUAGACGAACAAGUCCAUCAGGAAGUGUGUCAUCAACAAAUGAUAGUGGAUAUUCAGUUUCACCUGCAAGUCCAAGUAGUUUACAUAUAUCAGAUUGUGAUUAUGAACAAACAAAAAUUCGAUCAUUGUCACUUGAAGCAUUAGCUGGAAAUGAAUCAGGUGCUGGUGUAAAUAGAGUUAAUACAUUAAGAUGUUAUCCAGCUAAAGUACCUGAACUACUUUCAAAUUGCUGUGAUUAUUUAGAGAAAAAUGCAUUACAAACUGUUGGACUUUUUCGAGUUGGUGUAUCGAAAAAACGUUUAAAAGAACUCAAGGAACAAGUUAACUUAAAUCGUAGUGUUACAUUUGAUUCAACAACAAAUGCACAUGAUAUAGCUGGUUUAAUUAAAGAAUUCUUACGUGAAUUACCUGAACCAUUAUUAACACGUGAUUUAUGUGUACCAUUUCUUAAUAUUCCAUCAAGAUUAAAUCCAAAAGAACAAUUACGUGCACUUUCAUAUCUUAUCGAUUUAUUACCAUCAUCAAAUCGAGAUACAUUAUAUACAUUAUUAAAAUUUCUUCAUCAUGUUUCAUUGAAUUCACAAGAUCGAUAUGCAACUGAUGGAAAAACUCUUCUAGCUGGAAAUAAAAUGGAUACAGCAAAUUUAGCAAUUGUAUUUGCACCAACAAUACUUAUGGAUGGAAAAGCACCGGUGAUGACAAGUAAAGAUAUGAGUGUAGCUACAAGUGCUGAUCAAAUGGAACAAGGAAAAACUGUUUUAAAAAUGAUGAUUGAACAAUAUAAAGAACUUUUCAUGAUAUCAAAAGAUUUACAUAAUCAAAUAAAUCUUGCAUUAAAUGACUCAGAUAAUGUUCAAUUGAUGAGAGCAUUGGCAUUUAAAGUACAAAAUGGUUGUGGAAUAAAUUCCAUGCAAUUAGAUGAAACUAAUGAACAUUUAUUGAUGUCACUUGAUUUAACACCAGUUCUAUGUGAAACACCUAAUGCAACAACUAGUAUUUUCUCAUCAAUCAUUCCUCAAACAAAUCGAUCCAACCAACAACAACAACAACAACAAGGAGGUGGACCCAUACUUCGUCGGUAUAAUCAUCGACGUAAUUCAGAUUUUCCAUGCUCAUCAACACAUUCAUCACGUUCAUCAGAAUUUCUUCAAGUACCUAUGUCAUCAUCACAACAACGAAUUUCAAAUCAUAAUCAUCAAACAGCAUCAAAAUUGCCACGUGUACGUGAUAUACGUGAAGCAAGUAUGGAUCAAAUUAUUUUUCGUGUUAUUGAACCAUUUUCAUCCGUUAUCAAUGAACAACAGCAACAAUUAAGAAAUUCAACAGAACCUGUAAUAAAUAUAAGUUCAUUUGAUGAUAUUACAACAUCAUCUAUUAUACGACCAAAUACACUUGAUAUAAAAGAAUCACCUCCAUCACCACCAUCAUCACCUGUUCUACGGCCUGCUACUAUUACUACAACAUCAGAUACGACACUUUUACGUGAAAUCAAACCAUAUUCACGUUCAAAAACAGCUCCACUUUCAACUUCAUCCGGUGCACAAAAUUUUCUAAGUGUUAAACGUCGAGAAGCUCGUGAUUUAUGUGGAUCGAGUUCAAACGAUGAUUCACCAUCACCUACGAGUGGUCAUCAUAGUACUCUUGUUUAA